AUGGCCAAGGAGGAGAAGCGUGAGGCUGCUCGAGUAUGUUUCAUGGCUGGAAAGAAGCUCGACAAGCUGUUUCGGAUUUGGGAAGAAGAGGCGCGUGAGGAGGAGCAGGUGGGCGAGAGCCAAGGAGGAAAAUAUGGAAUUCGGGCGAAGGCCGCCCAAGGAUUCGUCGAAAAGGCGGUUGCGUUCUCAACUGCCGUUGGGUUCGUCGAUUUGGAUCUUUUGUAUUUGGCCAGCGAGGAUUACGCUUGCCCGCUGGGCUUAGUCUUCGAGGCGGUGCUUUAUGUGGAACAAGUUCCAACUGGAUGUGGAGAUGUACAAUGGCUACAGGGUGCGUUCAAGAAGAAGGUUAAUGGAACGGCGAGUACUUCCAAGGGCACUUAUGGUGCCCCGCGACUGGUCUUUAUGGUGCCGUACCUUCCGGACCCUACGACAUUGCUGCCCCGGGACCCCAUGGCGGCGUUGGCGUCAACGUGGGGACCCUAUGCCGUACCACCCUCUUCAUCGGGACCUUAUGGUGCCCCUCCUACGACCACUGGUCCAUACUCGCCUCCUCCCUCCACAACUCCGUCAAGAAUCAAACCGGCAACAACCGCGUACGGGGCUCAAGCAGGAUACAACCUACCGGGUCCUCCAUUUGGGCAACAGCCCUGGUUCUGGGCCCCAAUGGUUCCGGUUCCUCCCUCGCCAGGGCUAAUGGUCCCUCCUCCACCUCCCACUAUUGAUCAGCCCUCUGGCCCGCCCCCUCCACGAAUCAUCACUGUUUCCCAACGGCAUCACAUUCCCGGCUGGAACGACGCUCCUAACGUUACCGUGCCUCAGAGACGUGCGCCUGCCCCUGCUGCGGGACCUGCAGCUGCAAUUAGGAGCCCAUUCCCCGAUUCCCCAAUUCCCCAAUUCCCCAGCGCCUGGCUUGCCGAAUACCUCUGGGCCACCAAGAGGAGUGGGUACGCUACAAGGGCGAUGUCUCCGCCAGGGGGCCCACCGAGAGGUACAUUCCCCCAGACCAGUCCACCCAGGGCCGGUGCGACUAUUCCUCCGCUCCCUCAUCCGCACAAUGGGGGCUAUGCGCCCCCUCCGCCGUCCAGUUUUGUACCACCCCCAGACCCCGGACAGUAUGCCCCUUGUCCAUCCCAAAACAGCGGCGCGUACGCACACCCGCCAUCACAAGGUGGGAGUGCAUACGCUCCUGCACCUCCACCUCCUGGCGUCAACCCCGGUGUGCCUCCCCCACCACCGAGUGGUGCAUAUGCUCCUCCUCCAGGCCAGUCCUAUCCACAUCCACCUCCCUCCGGCACGGAUUAG